ACGGAACUACAAAUCCCGUGAGUGCCAACUCCCGAGUCGUCAAGCGGUCUGUUGUGCUGUGCUGCCCUGCCGUUUGAACGUCGAGAACGAGAACGAGCGGGAGCGUGCUGUGCCUCUCGACGCCGGGAUUCACUUGAAACUCCACUUUUUGGGUAGCCUAAUGGCGACAGAUAUUGUUUCACAGUUGGCUGACUCCUUGGCCAAAGCUGGAGUUGAGGAAGGGGAGCUGAGUUAUAAAGGGCAGGGAAGAAAGCUCGAUGAUUCCAAAUCAGUCGAAGAGAUUGUCAAGGAGAUCAAGGACUUCGAAGGUCUCCAAGCCCUGCGAUUGGAGGGAAACACUGUAGGGGUGGAGGCGGCAAAAGCCAUCGCCAAGGCCCUCGAGACAAAAAGCCAGUUCAAGCGCUGUUACUGGAGUGACAUGUUUACCGGCCGCCUCCGCUCUGAGAUCCCACCUGCUCUGAAUUCACUGGGCGAUGCUCUGAUGUUGGCGUCUGCCAAGCUGACCGUUUUAGACCUAAGUGACAACGCCUUCGGCCCAGACGGGGUGAAGGGUAUCGAGAGGUUGCUGAAAAGCCCCGCCUGCUACACUCUGCAGGAACUACGGCUCAACAACUGUGGCAUGGGCAUUGGAGGAGGGAAGAUCUUGGCCGCUUCACUCAUCGAGUGCCACAAAAGGUCUCGUGCAGAAGGUCCCCCUCUCAGCCUGAAAGUGUUUGUCGCUGGAAGGAAUCGGCUGGAGAACGACGGAGCCACCGCUCUCGCGGAAUCGUUCCAGUUGAUGGGCAGCCUGGAGGAGAUCCAUAUGCCCCAGAAUGGCAUUAAUCACCCAGGUGUAACAGCCUUAGCAACAGCGGUGCAGGACAAUCCACACCUGCGGACUCUCAACCUCAAUGACAACACCUUCACUGAAAAAGGCGCCAUUGCCAUGGCUAAGGCCUUGAAAGAUUUACAAAGCAUCCAAGUGAUAAACUUUGGCGACUGUUUGGUGCGUCCACUUGGAGCCACAGCAAUUGCUCAAACUGUUUCAGAAGGAUUACCAAUUUUGAAGGAACUUAAUCUGUCAUUUGGAGAGAUAUCUGAAGAAGCAGCUCUAGCGGUGGCCCAUGCAGUCAAGAACAAGAAACAACUGGAAAAACUGGAUUUAAAUGGUAACUGUCUGGGAGAGGAUGGGUGCAUAGCUCUGAAAGACUUAAUGAAAGGCAUGAACAUGGCUGAGCUUCUGGCAUCGCUCAGUGAUGAUGAGGGUGAACCAGGAGAUGAGGACGAAGAUGAUGAAGAUGAUGAUGACGAGGAGGAUGAGGAGGAAGAGGAGGAUGUGGACGAAGAGGAGGUAGAGGAGGAGGAGGAGGAGGAGGAGGAAGAAGAUGAGGAAGAGGAGCAAGAUGAAAACACUGGCUCCAAGUUUUCCACGCCACCUUCAGCGCCGCGACCGCCUGACGUAUCGUCCUUUCUCACCUUUCCAUCCCCGGAUAAACUGCUCAAGUUGGGGGCCAAAAGAGCAACACUAAUUGAGCAGCAGGUGGAUGUGGCCGAUGCAAGGAAAACAGCUGAGGCCUUUCUCAAAAUUGCAUCUGUGUACAAAGAGGACAACCAUGAAGUGAAGAAUGCAGUCAUGGAAAGUGUUGAUGCCCUUCUGAAGAAAGCCUUCAGUACUUCUUCUUUCCAAGGCUACAAUUUUGUGUCGUCUUUGCUUGUGUUGCUGGGACUUAUUAAGAGUGAGGACAAGGUGAAGCCGGUGCUAGUGGUGGCUGGUCACCUGCAGGUCUUGGAGCAUGUUGUCCGCCAGGACUACUUUCCCAAAGAGAGCGUGGCUGUGCUGGAGGCCUUCAUGUCCCGGUAAGGGCGUGACAGAAUGAGCCAAUCAGCAGGCAGCUUCCAGACACAACAAAUCAUUGGAGGCCUGUGGGUCUUCUCGACACAAGCUUCAGUCCACCUUGCAGAGGGCCCGCACCGAGAGCUGAGGAGCGCAGAGAGAUCCACACACAGACAAUUGCACAAACAACUUUGACUAAUGACCUUUUGGGAACCAUCUUACAUUUGCUCAAAUUUGAAUCAAGGGCACUUCCCCAUCCAAAUAAAUAUGACUGUACUUCUUCGGACCUGGAUGCUUGUUGAGGAUCUAUCCACUUGGACGCAGAGACACAGAACUUUUGUUGCCCAACACUUCUCUUGCUCUUUUUAACCUUUGGUGAAUUAAAAAAAAAAAUGGGACUAACAGGUGAUGUUUACUUGCUGGCAACACAGCGUACGAUAUUGUAUUAUUGACUUGAAUGCAUUUCAUUUCGGAAUGUUGUACAUUUUGUUUUCAUUGACCUUUUAUCUUGCGGUCCCUGAAGCUUGUUGUUAAAAAUAAUGUCUGCUACGAGCUGUUAAAUAUUAUCAAUAUCAAGGUAAGAUACAAAAGGGAUGUAUUUUAUGUCAGCAGGUGUUAUGGCUCUGCAUUGUUAAAUAAAAACAAAUAGUGGAUACUGA